UCUCGCCGUUCAAAAAUGGCGGCGUCCACGCUGGAGCGGCUCCUAACGGAGCUUUUGGAACCGGACAGCGCCGGGAUUCGCCAGGCCACGGCGAGGCUGCGGGAGGUGCUGGAGGAGCCUGAGGGGAGCGAAGGCCUCGCGGUGCUGCUGAGGGAGGCGGAGAGGCCGCAGGUCCGAAAUUUGGCCGCGGUUUUGCUCCGGAGGCUCCUCCGGAAACUCCCCCAGGAAUUGAUUGACAGGCUCCCCCAUCUCGUGGUCGAGGCCCUGGAGCGGGAAACGGACUCGUCCAGCAGAGGGUCCCUGGCUCAGCUUGGGGCGAGGCUGCUGCUCCUGGGGGGUCCCCAAAUGUGGGAACCGAUGGAAAAAUGGAUCCAGGAAGCGGCAAAAGAUCCCAAAAAAACGGAGGCGGCUCUGCGCUUCCUGGGCGUGGCCCUGGGCGUGGCCGGCCCCGCCCUUUCCGGCCGAGGCUCCGCCCUUUCCGGCCGAGGCUCCGCCCUUUCCGGGCUGUGCCGGGCGGGGCUCGGAGCCCGCGACGAUCCCGGGAUUCUCGGAGCCGCCCUGGGAGCCCUGGGGGCGCUGGCGGCCGCCCUGGGAGCCAAAAAAACCAAAUUCCUUCAAUCUCUGGUCCCUGAAAUCCUCCAGGCUCUCCAGGAUCUCCUGAACAUGGAUGAGGAUCGCGGCGCUGACGCUCUGGAAGUCCUGGAUGAAUUCUUGGAAGCCAAUCCUGAAUCCAUGAUCCCACACCUCAGGCCCAUGCUGGAGCUUUGCCUUCAGGUGGCCGGGGACGAGUGCAGGGGCGACGCCGUGCGAGUUCGGGCGCUGGCCACCGUCACCUUCCUCGCCCAGAAGAGACCCAGGGCUUUGCUACGAGGGAACCUCCUCUGCCUGGUCCUCAGGGGGCUCCUGGUCCCUCUUUGUGCCGAAAUCCGCCCGGAAAAUCCCGAUCCCGAGGAAAUUUGGGAUGAAGAUGAAGGGGGACAGGGGCCCUGCCCCCGCCACGCCGCCGCCCAGGCUUUGGACGCUUUGGCUCAGGGGUUGCCCCCGGAAAAACUGCUGAAAGAAGUGGGUGGAUUUUUGACCGUUCAGGACCUUUUUUGGGCGGGAAUUUGGGAGAUCCUGAGGGGAAUUUUGGGACCUUUUGAGGUCAUUUUACGACUUUUGAGGCGAAUUUUGGAAAUUUUGGGGUCAGAACGCCCAAAAAUC